UGGCGUCAGUUUUGACUUAGCUGUCGUAAACUUUGUUGAUACCGUUCGAACUUUUUACAGCUAGUGUUGGUUAGUUUCAUCCGGGGGUCUACUGUGCGCCAAUAACAAAUCUAUUCACUGUAAUCACGCAUCGAUUCAUCUUUUGGGCAGUAUAUUUACAGUUUCCAGGACGCUGGGGGUCCUGCAUCGUGAUGUUGCGGUGGAUUGAAUUACUGUGCUAGUAGUACAAUUUAACGACAGGUUUUCUCUGAAGCAAUUAUUUAUAACAAAAAUAACCCGUAUCGUAUGCUUUCUCGUCUGCACGUCUGCCAGCUUGCUACAAUUGAGUGUAGUGACAUUCUUUUUCUAUGAAGGGAGAUAAUGAAAAUAUGGACAAUAUGAUGCCAAGUGGUUAUUACAAUAGUCCACGUCGUCAGGCAGCUACUGCCUUUGCCUCACAAAAUGGAUACAUUCCUAAUGGCACACCAAUUAAUGGACCAGGAUUUUCAUUCAGAAAAAGAUAUGAAAGAGUUGAUUGGAGAAAAAUGGCUGCUGUUGAUGUGGACCGGGUCUCAAGGGAUCUUGACUUCACAGUGCUACAGGAUAAUAUAAUGAAUCUGACAUUUUGUAAUAUAGAACAAGAAUUGGACACUCGAAUGAUAGAUCCAAAUUUUUUAAAACUGUUCAAGUUGGCACAGUUAACAAUUGAAUAUUUGCUGCAUUCUCAAGAAUACCUAGCCAAUACAAUCAGUGUACUGGAAGAUAAACUACAUAAUGCUAUGCAGGAACAUGAGGCUACCAAGAUCACUUUCAGUAAACAGACUGAAGAAAUGAAGAACCUGAAAAAGGAAAAUCGAAAGAGAAAAAAAAUGUUGGAAGCCCAGCAGUCACUUAUUCAUGCUGGUGCUAAUAACUAUCACAAGUGUCAGUAUUGUCAAAAAGCAUUUAUCAAUGGAUCCUUUUUACAAGCUCAUAUGCAACGGAGACACCCUGAGUUUGUGCUGCCAUCAGCAACUCUACAACUACAGAACCAAGCAGCCAAAGCAAAUGAAAAGCUAGAGAAAGAAAUUGAAGAACUCAGACAGAACUUGAAACAUGCACAAUCUCAAAUGAAUGAUCAAAAGAAGAACUUCCAGGAACAAUUAGCAGCAAAAGAACAAAACAGGAAAGAUGAGAAACAGAAAAUGGAAAUGGAAAAAUGGAAACAAGAGCAGUUAGAGAUUCAAAAGAAAGAAAUGGAGGCCCUGAGGGAAACAUUUAUGAAGGAAUUAAAAGAAAUUCAAGACAAAUACUCAAUUUCACAGAGACAGUUUGAAGAUCUGCAGGCACAGUAUGGUCAAAAAUCUAAUCUUGGUAACCUUGUGGAUGAUGUAGAUCUACAAAAACAAAGGGAAGAAUAUGAUAAAACAAUUAAAGAUAUGUCAGAACAGAUGCGAUCAUUGAAGGAAUCUAUGCGUAAAGACAUGCAUGGACAACUGAAAGAUCAGGAGAAACGAUGGAAAGAUAGAAUGAAAGAAUUGAAGAUGAAUCAUGAGAAUGAGUUAGAAAUUCUGAAUGAGAAUCUGGAACAGACUAAGAUGCAGCUUGGUAUCGAGAAAGAAGGUGGCAGUAAUGUUGGUAAAAGUUAUGAAAAACAACUGAAGGAAUUGAUGAGGAGGUCUAAAGAACAGGACAAGGUGAUCAAAGCCCAAGAAAAGCAGCUUAGAGAUCUUCACUCCAAAGCAGCAUUUGCUGCAGUCAUCACUUCAACACCAAUUCAUCCUAAGAAAUGCUCAUGCACUGAGACCAAACCACCAAUAUCUCCACCCCCGUUGAUAACAACUACUGAGCCAAGUAGUGAUGAAGAAAAACAACCACUAGAUCCACGGCGUAUUGCUAAACUAAGAGAAGAACUCAAGCAUACUUUGGAACAGUAUUUAGAGAGAAGGGGUAUAGCAAGAGCUUGUAAAGGCAUCUCUACCACUACUUUUCACAACAAGGCAACUGAAUUGGAACAGGAGAGACAGCAACUUGCCCUGAAACACAAGACAUUUCAGGAAGUAAGAGAGCAGUGUAGAAAAGAGUUAAAUCAUAGAACUAAAGAAAAACUAAGAGAAGCUCAGAAGUCACCUUCUGCUUCUACAGCUAAAAAGAAUGUUGCUAAAAAGGAAAAAGCUAGCAAUUUACUGAGCGUUGGACGAAAUUCUAAAACCCCUGACAGGUCACCAAGAAGAAAGAAACAACCGCCACGUGCAAUUGCAUCAACUUCACCACCACCUGUGGCCCCAAGGAGUCCUGAUAAAAUAGGAGCUAUGUCCACAAUGUCAACAACAGGAUCCUGGGACACAACCACUUACACCAGAGGUACAUACGGAGAUGAUACAGAUAGUGAAGAGGAAUCUGAGGAAGAAGAAGAGGAGGAAGAAGAGGAGGAGGUGGAGGAAGAAGAGACUGAAGAAGAUGCAGAAUCAGAAAGUAAUUGGGAUUCUGAAGAAGAAAGUGAAUUAAAACAUCUUAAAAGUUCCACUGAAGUUUCAACUAAACAAACAUCUGCAGUCAGACAACCCCGGGGUGCUUUGGUAAGAGACAUGACUAAAAGCAUUGAGAGGCAGUUGUCAGGGAGGGGUGGGCAGAAACCUGUGGGUGGGGUUGACUUGAGUGGGUCUGUUCAUCGACAACAGGGUAGAGACCAAAGUGAUGGUUCCCCUACACCUAGAAUACCAAGUAUGGGUGAUGAAGAAGACAGUGAUUUCUCCAUAUCAUCAUUAGAAGACUUGGGUUCAGCCGCUGCUCCAAAACCUGUGGCAGCUUCUUCCAGACGGCAACAGCCUGCCCCUGCUCCUAGACAUCGCACCUCUUCUGAAACUGAAUCCUCUAAUACAUAUGGUACUAGUUUUUGGGGAUCUGCUUCACAUAAAGGCCCAGGUCCAUCAAAGGAGGCUGGUAGUGGACAUGGUACAGGCAAGAGUUCUGUAUCAGUAACUGAUUGGGAUGAUGAUUUAGACAUUGAUGAAUUAACAUAA